AUGCUAUCCAACAUCCUUCUUACUGCUGCGCUCGCAGCAGGCGUGGCUCAGGCCUUGCCCCAAGCGACCAGUGUCACGAAGACUACCUCUACGGCUCGCGCCACGACCACCGCUGCAGCAACUGGUAACCCUUUUGCUGGCAAGGACUUCUACGCCAACCCAUACUACUCGUCUGAAGUCUACACUCUGGCCAUGCCUUCGCUUGCUGCAUCUUUGAAACCCGCUGCAUCCGCCGUCGCCAAAGUCGGUUCAUUCGUUUGGAUGGACACGAUGGCCAAGGUGCCCACCAUGGACACCUACCUCGCCGAUAUCAAGGCCAAGAACGCUGCAGGAGCAAAGCUCAUGGGAACCUUUGUCGUCUACGACCUGCCCGACCGCGACUGCGCAGCCCUUGCUUCCAACGGCGAGCUCAAGAUCGCCGAAGGCGGUGCAGACAAGUACAAGACGCAGUACAUUGACAAGAUUGCCGCCAUCAUCAAGAAGUACCCGGACGUCAAGAUCAACCUUGCCAUUGAGCCCGAUUCUCUGGCUAACAUGAUCACAAACAUGGGCGUUCAAAAGUGCGCAAACGCCGCGUCAACCUACAAAGACCUCACUGUCUACGCCCUCAAGACACUCAACUUCCCCAACGUGGACAUGUACCUCGAUGGCGGUCACGCCGGCUGGCUAGGCUGGGACGCCAACAUCGGGCCAGCUGCAAAGCUAUACGCCGAGGUAUACAAGGCGGCUGGCUCGCCCCGUGGCGUCCGUGGUAUCGUCACCAACGUCAGCAACUACAACGCCUUCCGCAUCGCUACCUGCCCUGCCAUUACCCAAGGAAGCAAGAACUGCGACGAGGAGCGCUUCAUCAAUGCUUUCGCUCCUUUGCUGAAGGCUGAAGGUUUCCCAGCUCACUUCAUCGUCGACACUGGACGCAGCGGUAAGCAGCCCACUGGCCAGCAGGCUUGGGGUGACUGGUGCAAUGUUUCGGGCGCUGGCUUUGGCAUCCGCCCUACUACUAACACUGACAAUGCGCUUGUCGAUGCUUUCGUUUGGGUCAAGCCCGGUGGCGAGUCUGAUGGUACUUCUGACCAGUCUGCUGCGAGAUACGAUGGCUUCUGCGGCAAGGCUUCUGCUUUCAAGCCUGCGCCUGAGGCGGGUACUUGGUUCCAGGCUUACUUUGAGAUGUUAUUGAAGAACGCCAACCCUGCUCUCGCAUAG